AACCUCAAGAACUUGAUAGCAACAACGAUGAACUUAAAUGUGUCGAUUUCGUUUUAAAAUAAAAAUCGAAAUCUAGUCACAUUUGAAGUUUGCUGACUUUGUAUCCCUGGGCUGAAAAAGUAAGACAUCCGAAAAGGAAAACGUGCUUUGUCAUUCUAAAACGUGCUACAAGGAACUGGCUUUUUGGAGGAAACCUCGCUUCCUGUUUUAUUUCCGAUCCUUGUUUGCAAAGCAGUCAAUUGUUUGAAUUCUGAAAGAUGAAGGUCUGGAGAGAUGCUGGACUUACCUAUAUCCAGUAUUCCAACAUUGCGGCCCGUGUUGUGCGUGAAGCCCUACGAUCGGAGCUACGUGCCGAGGCCGCCAAGCGCAACAUAAGCCAUGUGCAGUUUACUCCCUGGAAGAACGGAAGGCCAGUACCACGCAAGAAGACAGAACCCAAGUCCUAAAUGCUUUUGUGGACACGUGGAUGAUUUGCUUCGCAAUUUACAUCCUAAGUCUGCCAGUCUACAAACCAAAACUGAAUUUUUCAAAUAAAUGUAAAUCCUUCGAAAAAGAGAAGUUCCCAU